UUGUUUUCCAGGGGACUGGCCAGCAGUAUGUCUAAGAACCGGGACACAGCUGUGGUGACAGUAGGCUUCGGCCAGGGUAGUAAGGUGGAUAGUGUGCCCAUGGACAGCCGGAUGACCCACAUCCCAGAGGCCUUGACUGGGCAGCGGGGUCCAGGCAAACCCCAGUCUUCAGGCCCGAGGCAUGGACGUCUGAUGCACCAGAGCACCUUGUCACUAGGGGACCCACAGGGAUCUGGGACCAGCUACACAACCACACACACUCAGAGUUACUGUGGGCGGGAGGCCGAUGGCCAACCUCUGCUCUUCUUUCCCCGAGAUCCCGCCUACCCCUCCCAGCACACCAGUCAGCUGAACCUGAGUCACACAUCCACCAGCCAAUCACAGACACACAGCAGAGACAUCCAUAACCCCAAAGACAUCAUCCCGUUCAAUGUUCUUCAUAGGCUGGGUCAGAGUAAUUGGUCUCGUAAUCGCGAGGGCGAGGCCAUGAGAGAGGUGACCAAUCCCAAGGAGCCCACCCCCUACUGGACGACCUAUCGCAGUGAGCACAGGAGUCCUAGCCCCUCUCCCUCACCACACGACCCCAAUGGUAGACCCACACUGUGGCAUCAACAUGAUAUACUGACAGGUGAGACCAGGACUCCAGCAGGUCCAGGUAACCCUAGGAGACAGUCUGGAGAGAGAGUCCUGUGGGCAACACGACGCUGGGAGACGGACUGCUGUUCCCUCCGACUCUACUAAACACACAAUUCAACUGUUAUUGUCCUGCUGAAAGGUGAAUUCAUCUCCCAGUGUCUGGUGGAACACAGACUGAACCAGGUUUUCCUCUAGGAUUGUGCCUGUACUUUGCCCCAAACAAACAUUAAAACUUCAUAUUCAGGACAAAAAGUGAAUUGAUUUGCCACAUUUUUUGCACUAUUACUUUAGUGGAUUGCUGUGUUGUUUAGGUCAGUUUUCUCCUAUCACAGCCAUUAAACUAACGGUUUUAAAUAUCA